ACCUCUGCUCCCGCCGCGAGGACCCCGGGAGCUGACCUCCGCCCGUUGGGAACGCUUCUCCUUCCGGUGGGGGGUCUGGCCGCCGUGGGGCGGGGCCUCAUGGAGGCCUUUGGCCCGGGAACCUGCGGAGGAGGGGGCGAGACGCCGGGCGCCGAGGGACGGCCGGCACCCGAAGCAAGGGUGCACUUCCGAGUGACGAGGUUCAUCAUGGAGGCAGGUGUCAAGCUAGGGAUGCAGUCAAUUCCAAUCGCCACCGCCUGUACCAUUUACCAUAAGUUCUUCUGCGAGAUCAACCUGGACGCCUAUGACCCCUACUUGGUCGCCAUGUCUUCCCUUUACUUGGCUGGCAAAGUGGAGGAGCAGCACCUGCGUACUCGUGACAUCAUCAACGUUUCCAACAGGUACUUUCACCCGGGCGGUGAGCCCUUGGAGCUGGACUCCCGCUUCUGGGAGCUCCGGGACAGCAUCGUGCAGUGCGAGCUUCUUGUGCUGAGAGUCCUGCGUUUCCAAGUCUCCUUCCAGCACCCACACAAGUACCUGCUCCACUACCUGAUUUCCCUCAAGAACUGGCUGAAUCGGUACAGCUGGCAGCGGACGCCCGUCUCCGUCACUGCCUGGGCCCUGCUGCGGGACAGCUACCAUGGCGGGCUGUGCCUCCGCUUCCGGGCUCAGCACAUAGCUGUGGCAGUGCUUCACCUGGCCUUGCAGGCCUAUGGGGUCGAGGUGCCCGCCGAGGCCGAGGCCGAGAAGCCGUGGUGGCAGGUGUUUAGUGAAGACCUUACCAAGCCAAUCAUUGAUAACAUUGUGUCUGAUCUCAUUCAGAUUUAUACCAUGGACACAGAGAUCCCCUAAGGCCCUGGUCCAGGCCUGCCCAAAGAGAAGCCCGGGGCGCCCGGCUGCCUGGGGACGGCACCACCACAGGGCCGUGAAGGCCGGCCCCCAGAGGACCAGCUGGGAGGGCUGGUUGUGUGCUGCUGGAGACGGGCUGGUGAAGGCGAUGGUGUGCUGCCAACUUGGUUCUCAUGCUUUGAGUGUCCCCGGCAGCCGCGGUCCAGAUGGUGAUGGAAGUGGCGCCUCCAGCUGGCAGGCUGGGAGCGCACCACGUGGGGCGGCCUGUGGAGUCAGCGGAGUGUCUGCUUUUGUCCUUUGGGAGGACACCAACUGCUGUCCAGGCGUGACGCCAUAGGAAGGAAAAUCAAAGAAAGAAUGGGACUGCACCCCUGGGGAUUUUUUAAAAGCCAGAUUUAUAGCAAGUAUGAAUGUGCCACAUAGAUGGAAUUUUAUUUUUGUGUAAUAAAAGAUGAUGCAAAUCA